AGACGACGACGAAACAUGACGUCUCGGUGGUUCGUUCCGGUGCUCGCCCUCUGCCUCUUGUGUCAGCUGGCCGCGGUCGCCUACGCGGACGUCGACGCCGCCUCCGGAGGCGGCGGCCGACCGUCGCAUCGCGUCAGGGUCAAGCUAUUCUACGAGACCCACUGCCCGUACAGCCGCAAGUUCAUCACGACGCAGCUGUGGCCGACCUACCUGAAGCUCAGCGACCGGCUCAACGUCAACCUCGUGCCCUACGGCAUGGCCCUGAAGAAAGAGGCCGUGGGCGCCGACGGGCGCAAGAGGACCGAGAUCACGUGCCAGCACGGCCACAACGAGUGCGUCGCCAACAUGAUCCAGGCGUGCGCUGUGUCGCUCUACAGGGGCACCUACCAGCUGCUCGCGUUCGUCGUCUGCAUGGAGUCGUCGCCGACUCCGCACAAGGUGGCCAAGUCGUGCUCGUCGCGGGUCGGCGUCAGCUGGUCGGCGCUUGAACACUGCACGUCGACGCGAGCGGGACCUCGGCUCCUGCUGAAGAUGGGCCGCAAGACGGCGUCCCACCGGCCCGCGGUGCAGUACGUCCCGUUCGUCGUCGUCAACGGGAAGCAGGACGAGGACGUCCAGAAGCGGGCGGUCUCGGACUUUUUAGGACUGGUCUGUUCCAUGUUCGCCGAUCCCGUGCCGCGCGCUUGCGUUCCGGGCCAGCGGUCCCAGCGGUCGGAGGUGGACGCCACUUCUUCUGAGGGACAGCUUGGCUUGCGAGGGUUGAACGUCACCGAAGCGGCACUGACGGGGGCGACGGCGAACGAAACCAACGUGCAGCGGACGUGA